AUGAUAUAUGAGAAGCAGCAGUCUCAAGUAGACAUUGAAAACAUAGUCGAUCUACCGCCACUAUUAGAGGAUUUCGAUUCGUGGGAAGAAAUAUUGCGCUGCAAUUGCUCACUGGUGUCAUCUCAACGUUACCAAUUUCAAGGCUUAUUCAGUGAACAUGGGCUUCUAAUUGGUGAACAAGUGAAAGGAGAUACUCUGCUCCCUGACCCUGGUGAUGUUUUUUGUUGCUUCGAGAACAGAGGGGUGGAGCAUUGCAGCAGUGGCAGCACUGUACAAAAUGGCCUCAUUGAAAAUGGUGAAAAGAAGAAUGACGAGAGUUUGAAAAGGAAGAAGUACGGCAAUGAAAGAGGGAAAGAGAUCACUUUUGUCGAGUUGUCUAAGUACUUCUACAUGCCUAUAACACAGGCAGCUAAGAAAAUGGACGUAGGAUUGACAGUACUGAAGAAGAAAUGCAGGGAAUAUGGAAUCCCAAGAUGGCCUCACAGGAAGAUGAAGAGUUUGAGAAGUUUAAUACGUAGUGUUCAGGAAUUGGGAGAAGAAGAUGGCAAAAUAGGGGAGGACAGGUCGAGGCUUGCAAUUGAAGCACUGGAGGAACAAGUGAAGCAGAUGGAGAUGAUGCCUGCAAUGCAGUUGCCUGAGAACACCAAGAGACUGAGGCAGGCAUGCUUCAAGGCCAACUACAAGAAGAGACGGCUUAUGAGCCAACUUGUUGAGAACCAUUACUCUACUUCAUUAACAGACCAAUACACACAAUCAUCUAUGUGA